CAGGUGGAGGAGCAGUGUCUGGAUUACUAUAACCAUAAAGACGUCAAAAAGACCAAUGACGAAAAAGUGAAUUUGGAACUUUAUUAUGAGAGUCUUUGUGGGGGCUGCCGGAGCUUUAUUGCUCUUCAGCUGUACCCCACAUUUCUAAUGUUACCUGACAUUAUGAAUGUUACACUGGUGCCUUUCGGGAAUGCACAGGAAAAAAAUGUUUCAGGAAAGUGGGAAUAUGAAUGCCAGCAUGGGCCUGAGGAAUGUUAUGGAAACACCAUAGAGGCAUGUCUUAUUCACCUCCUGCCAGGUAUCGCUAGCUACUUUCCUAUCAUUGAUUGUAUGGAAAUGUCUCCCAACUGCACAGCAGCACUACAACCAUGCCUCCAAGCUCUUAAGCCGGACCUCCCAGUCAAAACAGUAUUGGACUGUGUGAAUGGGGACCUGGGUAACAAACUUAUGCACGCUAAUGCUCAGCAAACCCAGGCACUUGACCCUCCACAUCAAUAUGUGCCAUGGCUAGUCAUCAAUGGAAAACAUGAUGAUGAUCUGCAGACUCGAGCUCAAAAGGCAUUAUUUAAUCUUGUCUGUGAACUUUACAAGGGAGAAAAGCCAGAAGCUUGUACAGGAAAAGGUGUGACACCUUUGAAAAAGGAAUCUGUAUGUUUAAAUUAA